AUGGACAUGAUGGCUCUGGGGUUCUCAGCCGCAACCGCCUCCGGGUCCGACCUACACUCUAACCUGAGUUCGACGCUGGCCGCAACCUCCUCCUCGUCUUUGAGUUCACUCACGGAUUACUCAACAUACCCUUUGGUGCGGCAGGGUGACCGCACCUACUUUCGCGACCCGGAAAACGUCUACCCUCUGCCCUGUGACCUACCCGAGAUCCACCGCCAAAGCCUGCGCACGCUGAUGCUGCUCCGCGUCCUCGGCGGCCCAUUUUGCAACCCCCACUUAGCCAGUCGGCCACCCAAACGCGUCCUGGAGAUCGCAUGCGGGUCCGGUCUGUGGUCCGGUCUGUGCCAUGAAUAUUUCGCCCGCAGAGGCCAUCCCGAUGUGGCUUUUGCAGGUAUAGAUGUUAUCUCUAUUGCACCAGAUAUGCGGAAGCAGGGAAUGAAUUGGCAAUUCAAACGUCAUGAUUUACGCCGACCCCGUCUGCCCUUCCCGGACGGCUAUUUUGAUUUCGUGUUUAUCAAAGAUGCUGGCAUGUGUCCGUCCAGUCCGGCGCAAUCUGCAUCGGGUUUAAGCGAGCCCCUGCGGGUGCUGAAGUCCGGAGGAAUCCUAGAGGUGUGGGAUUCAGAUUGGAGUUUCCGCUCGCUCCUGCCCAAUCCGGCCCCGGCCCGAAAGACCUCCUCGAAGGAACAGGAGAUUGCCGAUGCAACGGCUACUUAUACAUUCUCCUCUGCCACCCCAUUCACACGAGCACAAAACAAGUUUGUGGUUGAUUAUAACUCCUGGAUAGAGAAGUCGUUCGACCGUCUCAAGUUGACAGCGCUUCCGUGUGCGACCAUCGGUCUAUCCUUUAACUCUGAAGUGGACUUAUUGGAAAAUGUCGACAGUCGCCGCGUCGCAAUCCCACUGGGUGACUUGCGCUGGGAGCGAGACGGCCAAGGCAAGGAUUCAAAUAACCGUCCACGAAAGGCCCUAACUCCAGAGCAGAUCUCCAUCCGGCGAACGGCUCUUCUCACCACAAUCCAGAUGAUUGAAGGGCUAGAGCCGAUAUUGAUGGAGUCUAGCGGAAAGGGCCGUGACGAAUGGGACCGAUGGUGGGCUGCAAUGACAGCCGAUCUCCUGCAAAAAGGUGGACUCUGCAGCGGCGAGUGCCUUGAAGUGAGCGCCUGGUGGGGUCAAAAAAAAUGA